GGGAAUAAAAUCCCUAGACUCCAUGAAAUCACAGUGACUCGAUCACAAUCUCCAGAAUCUGAUCGCUACCCAGAUUAGCCCUCGUUCAUAUCCAUCUCAUCUCAAUUUUGAGAUGGACGGAAACAAAGACGACGCUUUGAAAUGCUUCGGAAUCGGGAAGGAAGCUCUCGACGGCGGCGACCGCACCCGCGCCCUGAAAUUCUUGGCCAAAGCUCGCCGCCUCGAUCCGUCGCUUCCGAUCGACGAUCUGCUAUCGUCGGCCGGUAAAGACUCCGAUCCUCCGCCGCCUUCCGACGGCGCCAAGCCCGACGCGCCGUCCGGUUCGGGCCUCGGUAUGCCUCCGCUUCGUCAAAGGAAGGCUUCCGCUUCCGGGUCGAGUUCCGGGUCCGGGUCGGGCUCGGCGGGUGGGUACACGGAGGAGCAGGUGACGACUGUGAGGGAGCUGAAGAGGAAGAAGGACUACUAUGAGAUAUUGGGGGUGGAGAGGAGCUGUAGUGUCGAAGAUGUUCGAAAAGCUUAUAGGAAGCUCUCAUUGAAGGUCCAUCCUGAUAAGAACAAGGCCCCCGGAGCCGAGGAGGCCUUUAAAUCGGUGUCGAAGGCGUUUCAGUGCCUGAGCAAUGCUGAGAGCAGGAAGAAGUACGAUGUUUCGGGGUCGGAGGAGCCGGUUUACGAGCGGCGGCGUGCUCCUAGGCACCAUCAUGGUGCAGGAAAUGGGUUCUUUUAUGAGGGUGGUGAUGUGGAUGCCGACGAGAUUUUCAGGAACUUCUUUUUCGGAGGAGGAGGAAUGGCGCCGGCCACCACGCAGUUUAGGGGGUUUAGUUUCGGGCAGGGAAUGGGGGGAGCGAGGCCUGCUGAGUAUGCCUCUGGUGGGUUCAAUGCGAGGACACUUAUUCAGUUGCUGCCUGUGCUGCUUAUAUUGCUGCUUAACUUUUUGCCGUCCUCUCAGCCUGUUUACUCGCUGUCGAGGUCGUAUCCUUUUGAGUACCGGUUUACCACGGAAAAGGGGGUCAAUUUUUAUGUCAGGUCGACUGAGUUUGAGCAAGAUUACCCGUCUGGUAGUGCAGACCGCGCCAGGCUUGAUCAGCAGGUGGAGAGGGAGUAUUUCAAUGUUCUGUCGCAGAAUUGCCGGCUAGAAUUGCAGCGUCGCCAGUGGGGAUUUGUUCGUGAGACGCCACAUUGUGACAUGUUGAAGCAGUUUGAGGCGGCAGCUUGAUUUCUUCUACUGAAGAUUGUUCUUUGGGUGCCAGUCUCUCUGUCUAUUCUGGUUGCACAGUGCAUAAGCAGGAGAGAUGACGGACAAUAGCUGCAUAUUUGUGUGUUUUUAGUUGGUGUAUCUGGAUAGCCUCUGCAGCCUCCACAAGUUUUAUAUUCUUAGUCUGAAUAUAGGCACAAUGACCGCAAAAUUGUCCGAGAUUAGUAUUAAAGCUUUGCGAUUGUUAAUGUUGCAUACAUAUCUUGUUCAAUACAUACACUUUCAUAUAUGUAUGUGGAACUAGGCAUUUUUGUCACACAGUUCGAUUGUAGCAUUCGAUACUUUGAUCAAUGUUAUAAUAAUUUUAGAACGGCUA